AUGCGCACCUCAGUCAUCAUCUUCACGCCCUUCCUGGCUGCCGUGGUAGCCAGUUGCAAAGCUACCAACGCAACCUGCCACUUGGUACCUUCGACCAACGCCACUGCUUCCAACUAUCCCGGAGCCGACAAUCAAACAUUCCCAUACAAUGUAAACGUCCUCUCCGAAGUCCCUGUGGCAGAUAUCUGCACCUCCGCCACCGGCAGCGUCGCAGAUGAGUUGGCCUGCGCCCGCAAGUACAUCGACGCCAUUGACGAGCAAAUGGCUUUUCUGUAUGCGCGGCGUCUCGGAUAUGCGGCGGUGGCGGGGCAUGCAAAGUAUCGCAACGGGACCGACCUAAACGACCCGAGCCGCAACCAAAUUGUAGCCGAUGGCAUGGCACGCCGUGUGGUCAAGUACGGCGGUAGCGAAGAGGUAGGACGGGUGAUGGGCGGCGAAGGCUGCCAGAUCUACGCCAGUCUUAUCUACGAGGCCGAGAACAUCCGGGCUGUGUGUAAUCCCGAUUUCGAGGAGGAAUUCGCCCGACCUUGCGAUGCGGUCUAA